AUGAUUUAACCUAACUUUGUAAUAAUUCUGUGCCUGAAUUGUAUAAUAAAGGUUUUUGGAGUUACGGAAGUGAUAUCGUCUUCAUUUUAAGGAAGUACUUUUUCUGAUGCGGACAGUAAUAUAAAAGUGAUUAGAUUUAGAUUGGGUUGUUAGCGGAGCCUCGCCAUAAUUCACAGAUUGUAUGGGCACAUUAUUAUUUGGGGGUUAUAAUGCUUUUGGAAUGAGGACAAGUGUUACUAAGAUCUUUACACUUCCACCUCAUUUUAAGAUAAAUUUGUAAUUCUAAUUUUGGAAGUAAGGACUAUAAAUAGCAUAGAAUUGAUUCUUGGGAUGGUGAAACAGGUUUUGUUUUCCUUGAUUAUCAGAAUGCAUGGUAGCAAAUAUUAUAGGGAAGCCAGGGAACUGACAUCUGUGGGACUGUCCGAGAUGAUUCUAGAGAACAAAGUUUUAAUAUUAAUGCUAAUGUACCACAUAGUGGUCCUACAGCCAUAGUAGUAAUCACAAGCAAUUUGAACGAAGGGGGUGAUAAUGUAUUAAAGUUUGAUUAUUUUGAAAGGAAUCUUGGGGAAUGAGAGAUUUUAUUAUAUCAGUUGAGAGAUGCCCAGAUGGAUGUUAAAUAUGUUUAGAGACGGAUACAGUUGUUAAAUGUUAGAUAUGGUAGAUAUUUUUCACUAGUUGGACCUAAUUAAAUACAAUUGAAAUAUAAUCCGAUGGUUGGAAUACAAUUCCAACAACUCCUGAUGCAACAUAUUGUGGAGGUAACGAAGAAUGAAUAUAAAUUAGCUGUUGCUUUAUUUGGUGGUUAUUAGAAAACAGGAGUCAAUACAGUUAUUAGUGGGUCUUUUUUAAAUAUUCCAGAACAUGCAAAAAUAAAGAUCUAAUUUUUAUGGGCAAAGAUUGAUUCCUGGGAUUAUGAAUGGGCUUUUAUGAAACUAGAUGGUGCUGUUGUUUGGCAACAAUAGUUUAAUUAUUAUUGGGGUUACUUUUGGAAGAUUUGUGGAGACUCACACGAUGACUAUAGAACAAUUUUUACAAGAAUUGAAUUAGAUAUAAAUCAUACUAGCACACAAUUAGAGAUCUCUUUUACGACCAAUCUUAAUGAAUCACCAGAUGGAGAGUCAUUUGGUAUCAGAGAUUUUGUAUUGUUACAUUCAUAAUGCCCUUAAGGAAAUUAUAAUACUGGAGUUGCUGAAACUGGUUGUUAAUGUAAUUGUCUGUCAUUUAAAUAUAGAGUGCUAUGGAUCAUGUUAUCAAUGCAAUGGACCAAAUAUAGAUGACUGCAUCGAUUGUGGAGACCCGAAUAUAUAUUACAAAUAAUUAGUAUCUGGAUAAUGUACAUGCUAAGAUAAGACAAUUGAAAGUACUCAGAAUGAUGGAAGUACAAUAUGUUAACGUAUAUAAUCCUAAAUAUUUAUUUUAGCAUGCCAUUCAAGAUGUGAGAAAUGCUCUUAGCCUUUAGAUAAUACAUCUAAUUAAUAUUGCACAAUGUGUAUAGCAGGGUAGAAUAGAGAUGUUAAUGAUCAAUUUAUUUGUGCUUGUAAAGAAGGAUAUGGUGAGGAUGGAAUUUCUGAUGUCUGCUUUAGUAAUUAUCCUCUUAAAUUUUAGAAUGCCAUUAUACAUGCGAAAAUUGCAAUGGUCCCUUAGCAUCUAAUUGCACAACCUGCUCAUCCUCAUCCUUUCGUUAUCUUACUUCUGAUUAUCAGUGUUUAUGCAAAAAUUCAUAUAUUGAUUCUGGAACUAAUGACAUGGUCUGUAAAUGUAAUUUAAUUAAUAUCACUAUUUUAUAGACAAUUGUCAUUAUUCAUGUUCAAGUUGUGUCUUAUCUGCAGAAGAUUAAUGUACAAGUUGUCCUGUUUCGAGAUAACCAGAUAAAGCAGGAACCACUUUUAAAUGUGCGUGCAAAGAUUCUAAUUAUUAUAGUGAUGGCAAAUCAUUAGAAUGUUAGGCAUGUCAUUUCACUUGCAAAACUUGUAAUGGCAGCUUGGAGAGUAACUGUUUAACUUGCAACUUAACAUAUCGCCAAUAUUCAAUGUUUAAAUGUAUAUGUCCUGAUGGAUAUUUCGAUAUUGGUGUAUUACAAUGUAACGGUAAUUUUAUUGUCUAUUCAAAGCUUGCCAUUAUACAUGUCGUUCCUGUUAUGGUUCUGCUUAAGAUUAAUGUCUAACAUGUUCAUCAAGUAACAAUAGAGAAUUCAAGACUAACUUGUGUUUAUGUCAAGAUACUUACAUGGAAAAAAUAGUUGACGACCCUAUGUGUUACAGUAAUUAAUAUACUAUAUCUACUAGAAUGCUCAUAUCGUUGUGCUAAUUGCAGUGGUACAAUAGACAAUUGUACAGCUUGUCCACUCUACUCUUAUAGGGAUCAAGGAACAAACAAUUCUUGUGCUUGUCCAGCCAAAAUGUAUGACCCACCUAACAAUCCAAUCUGCAUUCGUAUUAUAUGAAAUUCAAAUUAGCUUGUUAUGUCAAUUGUUUAACAUGUAAUGGAUCUUAAUCAAAUUAAUGCACAUCCUGCUAUACUUAGAUUAUGAGAUAAUUAGACCCUUCAGGGUUAUGCGUAUGUAUGAGUAAAUACUACGAUGUUGGGACUCCUGAAUGUUAACGUAUAAAUCAAAAUAAUGAUUAGCAUGCAGUCCUUAUUGUUUGGAUUGUUCAAACACUCCUGGUCAUUGUAUAUCUUGUAAACCAGAUAGAUAUUUACAAGGGAAUGUUUGUAUUUGUUAAACCAAGCUAACUGGAGCUUUUAUUACUAGUUACGAAGUAGCAGGAAAAGUUGAUUGUCAAAGUUUCAAAAACAUUAAUUUAAUUUAGAUUGUCAUUAUUCUUGCUUAGAGUGCAGUGGAUCUAAAUAUAAUUAAUGUGCAUCAUGCCUGGCUAGUGAAGGCAGAAUUUUCACUAAUUCUACUUGUGUUUGUGGCCCGAAUUUUUUUGAAAUAGGGAAUUUUAAUAACUUCCAUAAUUUAAACAUCAAAAAAAAUAAAUUCAUAAAUCACAUAGUGUAUUGGUAAACCUAAGUGCUAAGGUAAUAUUUUGAUAAUGAGUAUUAGGAUGCUAUUAUAGUUGUGAAACUUGUGCAGGAUUAGAUACAACAUGUUUGACUUGUUUAUCAAACUCAUUUAGAACUUUAAUCAAUUCACAAUGUCUUUGUUAAAAAGGAUAUUUUGAUGAUGGAUCUAAUCCUAUAUGCUAAAGUACAUUAGAUUAAUUUUAUGUAUAGAAUGUCACUAUUCUUGUUCGGAAUGCAUCACGAUUUCUAAAAAGUGUAAUUCAUGUCCAUCUGCAUCCAAUAGAGUAUUCAAUGGAAUAUUAUUUACUUGUAAUUGCAUUGAUUCUUAUUUUGAUAAUGGAACUCAAACUUGCUAAAAAUGUCAUUAUACUUGUCUUACUUGUAAUUCUUUUGGAGAUUAAUUUUGUUUAACUUGCUUAGAUAAGACAAUCUCCUUUAGAGUCUAUAAUCAAGGGGUCUGCCAAUGUUUACCUGGAUAUUACGAUGAUGGAUUCUCUACUAAUUGUAAUAAAUGUUUGAGUUCAUGUUUGACUUGUUAAAACACUGCAGAUAAUUGUACAUCCUGCGAAUCUCCAAGAUAUUUAGAUGGAACUGCUUGUCCAUGUGGUGCAGGUUAUUUUGUAAAUAAUCUGGGUAAAUGUAGUAAAUGUAAUCAGAAUUGUUUAAAUUGCUCACUCACUUCUACUAAUUGCACUGAAUGUGAUUCAUCAUUAAUGAGAGUACUAGAUACUGCAACUAAAACAUGCAUUUGCAAAAGCGGAACUACUUAAAUCAAUGGUUUAUGCCAAGUUUGUGACAUUACUUGUCAAACUUGUUUAAAUUCGAUCGCUUAUUGCACUUCUUGCAAAGUGUUGAGAAAAUUAUCAAACAAUUAAUGCAAAUGUGUAGAUGGUACAUAUGAAAGUGGCUCAGAUAAAUAGUGUUUAUUUUGUGAUUAAACUUGUUAAACAUGUAUCAAUUAAGCCAACUAUUGUACAACAUGUGCAGCAGAUAAAUUUCGAAUAUUUUCUACAGGAAAUAUUUGUGUAUGCAAAGAUGGAUAUUAUGAAGAAGCACUAUCUUUAGAUUGUAGACCAUGUGACUCAUCUUGUUUAACUUGUAAAGUAUUACCAACUAAUUGUAUAACAUGUGAUAUUUCGUACAAUCUGAGUUUGGAUACUACAGGAAGAUGUCUUUGUUCUUCAGGUUACUUUUUCAACACUUCUACUUCAACAUGUGAAAGUAUUAUAAUUCUUGUUAUUCAGUGUGUACUGUUUUAUGUAAAGAAUGUAAGUCAUUGUCCCAAUGUUUAGAAUGUGAAAGUAUUACUAGAAACUUUAAUGCAGUUAACUUGAAGUGUCCAUGUAAAGAAGGAUAUUAUGAAGUUAAUCAAAAGAAGUGUUCAUGUAACAAUUUCAUAGUAACAUUAGAAUGCAAUUUCAGUUGUAAGACUUGCUAAAGUUUAUCAACUAAUUGCUUAUCAUGUGAGCUAACCAAUUAUAGACUUUUAAUCUCUAAUCAAUGCAUUUGUUUAGAUGGUUACUAUGAUAUUGGGAUUGAAUUGUGUUAACCAUGCAAUCCAAUUUGCUAGACUUGUGAAAAGACUUCAACCAAGUGUCUUUCAUGUAAUUAAACUCAAAACUUUAGAUUAUUGAAUCUAAAUUAGUGUGUUUGUUAAAGUGGAUAUUAUGAUAGCGGUUAAUUAGUAUGUCAAAGUAAAAUUGUUAUUAAUUUAAAGAGUGCUCUAAUUAAUGUCUAACAUGUAAAGGGAGGAGAGAUUUUUGUUUAAGUUGUGAUAUUAAUUAAAAUAGACUUGAUCAAUCUGCUAUUAAUAGAUGUCCUUGUUUAACUGGUUUCUAUUAAGAUAUAAAUGAAAAAUGUUAAAGUAUCUAAUGUUUCUAUUAUGAGAAUGCCAUUAUAAAUGUUCAACAUGCAAUUUAUAAAGUGAUAAUUGUGUUACUUGUUUUUAAUCCAGCACUUCGAAUAGAUUGAGUAUCUCAUAGAAUUGUAUUUGCAAAGAUGGGUACUAUGAUGAUGGCCUUUAAGUGGAUUGUUUUCAAUGUAGUGCAAGAUGUAGAAUUUGUUAGAACUCUUCAAAUAAUUGUUUAUUUUGUUUUGGUAAUCUGAGAGAAGCUCCUCCUACUUGUAGUUGUAAAAUUGGUUAUUUUGAAAAUUCCUCUUUGAAUUGUGAGCGUAAUCUAUAAGUAUGAUAAUAUAGCUUGUGACAAUUAAUGCUAGACUUGUGAUAAGACUUCUUCUAAUUGUUUAACAUGUAAAGAAGGAAGAUACACUCAACUUUGUAUCUGUGAAGAUGGGUAUUUCGAAGGUGGAUAACCUCUAUGUGACAGUAUUUUAAUUAUUUAUGCUCUAAGAAUGCGCUUUUCAAUGUAAAACAUGCUAGGAAUCCUCAAUAAAUUGUUUAAGUUGUAAAGGUGGUCGUAUUAACUUGCCUCUUUGUUAAUGUCCUGAUGGAUUUUAUGAUGAUUUCUAGAAUGAUUCUUGUUAGCCUUGUUUUUGGUUAUGCGAAACAUGCAAUUUAGAUGGAUGUCUGACUUGUAAAGCCAAUAGAGUUUUAUCUGCUGAAAUGUCUUGUGAUUAACCACCAGAUUCGGUGAGUCAUCUUGAUACUCCAUGGUGUUCAAGUAUUAUAAUUUAAAAAUAUUAAAGCUUGCAAAGUUGCUGUCCUCAACGUCAUAUUCUCUGAUGACUUGUUGUCCAUAUUAGUAAAGUUUGACUUCACGUUAAAUCCAUAAUAUUUCACCAAUCAAUUUCAAGAUAAUAUCUGUUUAUAAAUAUUGGAUGACAAAACAUACAAAUUACUUGGCAAGAACCCUAGUUGUGAAAUUGAUCAUGUUGAUGAUACAAUAUUAAAAAUAGGUGUUGGAUAAUAACUUAAGAUUCUUCCAGGAGAUUAGAUCUUAUUUUAAGAAAACUAUUUUGGUCAUUAGGACUGCGAUUAAAGAUUAAAUGUUUUUAUCUUCAAUGAUGUUAAAAGACCCUUAAACCCUGUAUCUCCAAUUGCAAUAUACGAUUUACCUACAUAUCUAAUCAAUCCUUGCGAUGAUAAUACCAUAGCUUUGAAAUCCAAAUUGAAUGAUGGACUCAGAGGGUUCAUUGAAAUAAAAUGGACUUACACUGUAAGUGGAACAAAUGGCAAAGGAGACAUUGACAACUUUGUUGAUUCAUUAACUAAAUUCUAGAUGUUAGAAUUAGUUAUCCCAACCAAAACUCUACCUAAACAGUCCAAUAUUACUUUCGAAUUGGAAUUUCAAAAUUUUGUUGCACUAAAAAGUGUAUAGCAAAUUAGAUUGGAAACCCAUUCUGGUUAAUUUCCCACUGUCCUUUGGGUUUCCAAACCUACUUAUUAUACUUUUGAAGCCAUUGUUUUGGAAUUCAAAAUUAAAAAGAAGGCUUGUUCUGAUUCAAACGUUACAUAAUUUGAUAAUUCUUCGUAUACCUUAUCGGUAGUUGAAGUCUAUAGGAACAGUUCCAACUCUAGAUCCUCAAGAGUAAAUUAUUCAGAAAUCACAAGUGGAAGUAGUUUUAAUGUUACUAUUCCAAAAUACACUUUGACUUCAAUGAUUGCAUAUACUUUUGAAUAAGCAACUCAAGACGCAGUACUGAAUUUUACAUCUAAAAGAAAUAUUACGAUUGAUAUUAGCUCAGGAGGUAUCCUUUGUUAAUUCAAUGGCACAAAAAAGAUUCAGAAUUAUAGAAAAGAAACUUAAAUAUUUAUAUCAUGUAAAGAUUUAGAUGCUUAAUAUGACUGGAAUGAAGAUUCUAGUAUAGAUAUUGAUGUUCACUGCCUUGACUUAACUAUGAAUUCUCUCUGUACGGAUGUAAAUAAAAAAGUGAUCAAAGUCAACAAUACUGAUAUUGUUCAAACCAUUCCCAAAUACUUAAUACAGCCAUAUACUAUUUAGAGUUGGACAGUAGUGGCUAAAAAAAGUUCACGAACAUAUAAAUUUAAAUAAAAUAUCGUCUUUUUAGAUAAUGAUUUUAAAAUAUUGAAUGUUACUUAUAGUAAAGGGUAUUUAAUGAGACCUGUUAAUAACUAUGAAAAUUUGGAGUUCACUAUUAAUAUUCCUUUUCAAGAUAGGUAGUAUCUUAUAGAUUAUUAAUUGGUUAUUAUUUACAAUUUUGAAGUUAUAAAGAUAUUACAAUCCGAAUACUUUAAAUAAUCAUUUCAUACCUUUGAUUACUAUCAAGAAUUUACAAAAGGAAAUACAAUCAAUUUGAAAUUUUUGGCUUAAUUUAGCAAUGAGAUUAUGCCAAAUCAAGAUGAUUUAUUAAUAACUGUUAAUUUACCUCCUACUUGUGUCGUGAGCCUAGGUUCAAAUAUAGUUCAAGCAUUGAAACCUUAAUAAAUUAUUACAAUUUGUGAAUUUUCUGAAACAGCUCCAUUCACAUACUAAUUGAGAUAUUUUCUUAAAAAAUAGGAUUUAACUGAUUUUUUAAAUAGAACAAAUGAUUAUUCCUUGAUUUUGAGUAGUUAUUCAAGUGUGAACACUAUUGAAGCCUAUUUUCCAUUUUCUGAUGGAAUUCUUCUAAUUUAAGCAAUGGAUUCCAAGGGAUCAUACUCAAAUAUUCAAAAACAGUUAAAUGUAACCAAAACUGUGCUUAAUUGUUCCUCUAUAAAUUUAACAUAAUAUAAUUUAAGAUACCAAAUUAUACUAUUAUUGGAAAUUGUAUUGAAUCAUUAUGAUUAAUCAAAUUGUAUUAAUCUUUCCAAAUAGUUAUAUUCAAAUAUAAAAACAUAUUUGAAUUCUGACGACCGAUUUCUAGUGUAUCAAACCACCAAAUUGUAUAAAAGAGCGAUCCAAGAUAACAAUAAUUCCACUAAUCCAAUGAGAUUAUUAAUAGAAAGUUCAGAGAAUUGCUUUCAAAAUUAUACAAAAACAUAUUAUGUCCAAAGUACUCGUGCUAAUGCAUCAUCAACUGUCACUUCAGCAAGCUUGUAAGCAGAAUUACAAUAAAUUACAAAAGUUACCCUUAAUUUGAUAGCAAAGUUAACUGAUAUUAAUGAUUAAAUUAGUUAAAAUGAAGUGUUUUUAGAUGAACAACUUUAUUAAGGAAAAAUAGCUAUUUUAGACUCUUUAAUAGUUGUACAACUGCUAAUUGAUGACAUUUUUCUUAAGAUUCCAGAGGCCACCAUUAAUUCCAAUUAAGAUCAGGAAUAGAUUAUUAAUAUAGCAGAGGGAUUAAUCAACCUUAUUGAAAAGAUUUCAAUGUAUGUUAACGUUUAAGUAUAAGUAAAUGGUCUUCAAUUAAUUAACAAUGGACAAAUUCUAAAAUGGUAAUUAUCCAAAAUAACUAAAGAAAUGUUAAAUAAAUAAUUUAAUAUUGAAAGAGAUCUCCUAGAUGGUUUGAUUGAUUAUGUUCAAAAAGAACAAAUAGAAUUAAAUUAUAACCAUUUGAAUCUAUCUCUACAAUUAUGCAAAUAAUUGCAAGAAUUCUAUAAUUUGACUCUCCUUGAAAUAAAUCAGGAUUCAUACAAGAAUAUAAUCUAUAGAAUCAUCUUUAUAAUAAUCUCUAUCAUGAUUACAAGGAUUCAGUUCAAAAAUAUUUAAUAGAUAUGUUUUUAAUUCCAUACUGCUAAGAAAAGGUCCCCGAUGAAAAAUUAUAUUCAUUUGAAUGUGUUAAUAUCAAUAAAGAAGGAAAUUUAAAGAAAUGCAGUUUAUUAACUGAAGAAAUUGAUAAUAACACUGUGUAGAUCUCAUGCAUAUGUGAAGAACUAGGAAGUAUCUUUGUAGUUCAAUAUCCAAACAACUCAGCCAUAUUAUUAAAUGUCACUAUAAGUGAAGAAGGUGAGGAUGGAAUUGAAAAUAUGAAUUUAAGGUUGAGUGAAUAGCCUAUUUUGCUAUUUCAUGGUAUAUUCUUUGCUUUUACUCUCUUCAUCUAUUUUGAACUGAUCUCAAUUGAAAUGAAAUCUAAAUCAUUACCAGUUCAAAGUAGAAUAGAAUCAGAUAACAAUCUAGACGAAGUUUUGAAAUAAACAAAAUCUAAGGCAAUCAACUUUUAUCCAGGAAAUUUUGCUAUUUUCAAACUAUCCUUCUAAGUAAAAAGUAUUGUUAAAAUCUAGUUUAUUCAUGAAGUAUUAUCAUGCUUUUACACAGAAAGCUAUGCACUUACAAAAAGUUAUCGGUUUCUACAACUAUCAAUAAAAAUUAGCCUUUUCAUUCUGUUUUCAUUUUUGUAAAUAAGCUUAUUGGAUCAAAUUCCAUUAUUUGCAAUUGUAUUUCUUAAUUGCGGAACAUUCUUACUGAUGAGAAUGAUUCUUAAAAUAUUUUAGGCUAUUUACAGAUUUUGUGGGAAAUGGAGUCUUUCUAUAAUAACCAUAUAUCUAGCAACACAUCUCAUAUGUUAUCUUGAGAUUAUUUUAUUAUUGAAGAGAUGGUAAAUAUAAUUUUAUCCUUUUAGUUAAAGGGAUAUUCAAAUAAUCAAUAUUAAAGUUUCUCUUUGUUUUAUUAGCUCAUUAUUUUUAUUUUAUGUCAUUUUGGAGCCAAUUAUGAUUUUUUCAAGAAUAUUCAUUUUAGAAACAUUGCCUAAUAUAUUAGAAAUCAAACAAUUCAACCUUUGA